CAUCAACAUCAUUAUCAUCAUCGGACACAUAAUCCUCAUACAAGUCUAUCUCGAGACCACAUACACUGCUGAGCAGUCGAAUUCCUUUCCACGCCCGGACGCUCUCUCGAAGAAAGCGCGCUCAACCUCGGUCACCAUACACUCGUUUUUCCACUCGACCUCGACUUUUAUACCUCAACUCUCAUAGCUCAACGAAACUCUGGCCUUGACUCUCACCUCACCUGGAAGAAGACAUCCUGGAUGAAUUAGCUGCCAAAUUCACGCCAUCGCCAGUGACUAUACGUAGACCGCCAAGUCAAAGAAACCUCGUGUCAACAAGAGGGAAAACACGCUCGCUCGCAUUCGAUCCAAACUGUCACCUUCCGAAAGUCUCAGAAUUACCAAGAACAAGCUCCCAUCAGCUCCGCACUCUGAAAUAGGAGAUCAUCGACCAUACAUCUGGAAACGAGCCGCAUCAACCUCCUAGAAAUACGACGAAACGAUGCAUUCUCAAAAGAGCUCGAGCUCAGCCUCACCUAGAUUCCGAUCCAUCUCCCAACCUAUGGACCCUCGCUCCACCCUUCCUAUCAUUGGCAGCAACUCUUCCUCGAUCGGACCUUCGACCCCGGUCACGAGAGCUCCUUCAACGUCGUCGAUGUACAACUCGACACCCUCAUCCUCGUCGUCGACAGGAUCCAGAGGUCCGGCCGGGGCAGCGCCUAAUCGGAAACUCCCCCCUGCGCCACUGGUGAUCUCCCCUAGACUCGAGAAUCGAGAUGGACAGCCUCAGGAUCAAGUGCAGGUCCAGAGUCGGUAUGGAGCUCUGCAACAUGGCCGGGGUCACGAUCGACAAGACCGAGAAGGAGAGCGCAGGUACUACUCCCACUCGCAGUCGCAGUCCCGGUCUUCGGCAUCAGGGUCCGGGUUCGGAUCGGUCUAUACGCCGACGACGGCUUCUUCCUCUUUCUCCACCUCUACCUCGAUGGGUCUCAAUUCCCCAGUCCUAGUCACGCCGACUACUUCAGGUUCGGCGACGGGAUGGAGGUCCGUCUCUUCCCCCAUCUCUGGAUCCGGAGGUGAUUUCGGGUACGCUUUGCCUAGCCCGUCGCCUUCGGCGAGUUCUUCGAGGUCCGGAGGGGCAUAUUGGGAAGAUCAAGAUCAGACGCAAACGGGAUACAAGUCGUAUUCGCAGUCUCAGGGUUAUGCCCGAUCACCUCAAGGAGGAGCGUAUCGAGAUCAGAUCCGAGGGUCCGAGUAUCAAGGUUCGGUGGGAUAUGGGAGGUCGAUCUCGAGUUCGGGAUCUAUCCCUGGUCAAGAUCUUCCCCUCCUUCAGACUCAGAAUCACUCUCAGGGUCAGAACCACCAGGGUCAAAGCCAGAGCCAAGCUCGACCUGUCAACCCGACCGCUCGACCUAAAACGGACUCCGCCGGCGCGGCAGGAUGGGGCAAGGGGGAAGGAAGACGGAUGGCCAGGUCGGUCAUGUUCGCUGAAGAACCCGUCUCCCGGGUCCACACCCCACCCGCCGGCCCGAACGCCAAUGGGGGAAAGAAAGAGAAGGACAACAAAGACAGUGGGAAGAGUUCGACCGCGACGGGGAUCAAGGGGUUCUUUGGGGGUUGGAAGAGGAAACCAUCGGGAGGAUCGGAAAAGGUCGUAGAACCGGUCGUGAUGGAGAAAGAGGAAGAGCGGGCCCAGUCGAUGUUUCUGCCGAGGGUGGCGGAACCUGUGAGGUCGUAUUCCGAUUCGGCCGACACGGGUGCUGGUAGGGCUUCGUUCUCGCAAGUCCCGAUCCACGGGCGAGGGAUGGAAGCUGUUCAGGAUGAGAUGGUAUAUGAUCCAGCUAGGCAUGGUCGACGACGGACGACCUCGGCUUUGGGGGCCUUGGGUACCAACAACAACGCUCGCGGUCAGGAGAGCAGCGGUUACAAUCACCACGACUACUCGCGUCCAGAAGGAGCGAUGACCAAGGUCUCACCGCGCUCGAGUAGCACCAACAAUAACAACAACAGAAAAACGAGCGUGGUGCAGCGAUCCGAGAGUUCGUUCUCGGUGCACAGUGAAGGAGGCGUCGAGACGUAUUGCGAGUCGCCCAGUUAUUUCCCUUCGAACAGGAGAUCGCAGGACGACGGUCGUGAGGAAGAAGACGCAGAAGAGGACGAGGCUCGAUUCGAAGAAGAAGAGUCGGUAGAGGAGGAACGAACGCCCGUGAGAAAGUCUCGCCCGAAUCCUCGGAUUUCGAUCGCGCUUCCCGGGUCGAGCUUCAACUUGGGACUAGAUUUCGGAUUGACUUCGUCGGACACCAUCCAAGGGACCAGUCUAGCGAGCUUGAUCGAGAACGACGAAGCGGCUGCGGUAGUACAGGAGAGGUUCGGUGGAUCUGGGUCGAACCCAACAACGCCAGUGAUGAGUCAGGGAUGGGAGGAUGGGGAAGUCAAGGCGAAACCGGUGGCACGGUCGUCCACCAGGAAGAGUCAGUCAAAGCGCGCCUUGAGGUCGCCUUCGAUCACCUUGUCUCCGGCAGAGACGGUCAAGUCUGAAGCGCUCUCGCCACCGCAAGCUCUACUAGGCUCUCCCGCUAACGUUGCGCAACCGAAUACGACACCACUCCUCCAGAUGCCUCAAGUCAUUAGUCUGAACUCGCCUUUGGACUACCCUUCGAACCCCUUGAGGCCGAAACAACGGUCUAGCUCGCGGAGGACCAGCUUGGGAUCGUCUGGCUCGCAGCUCUCCAGAUCCAGGUCGAUCGUGCUGGAUUCACCAACAUUGCCCGUCUCGCACAACCGGACGCAAAUGAACAACGACGCGUUUGAAGACUCCGUAGUCGAGCGACCUGUGCGUCGAUCGUCUCUGCUCCGUGAUGGUCGGGUACAGGUCGAGCGGGAGGUGUUGGCUCAAGGGCCAACCAACUUGCGGCGUCAGCCCACCCGACGGAGAAUGAAGAGUUCCGGCAGUAUCGCCAGCUUGAUGAGCAUUACCUUUGGUACGGACGGAGCGGAUGCCAGCAAUGCGGACGAUCUGCCAAUGUUCAGGGUCAUCCCCGCUACACCUGUUGGUGGUACCGACGCGUUUGAAGCGCGGCCGAGGUCCGCGGACGAGACCGAGUUGGCAACCCUCUUCAAAGCCAAGCCCAGACAGCUUGACCAUGCCGUCGAGCUCGAGGUCAAGUCGUCGGGGCAAAACGACAUUGCUAUGGGCCUCGCCGAAUCCGCCUUCCCACCAUUGCCUACGGUGAAACCGCUUGCGCUUCGCAGCGGGCCCCCCAAGAUGGCCAUGCGAUCCAGCUCUAGCGAUGGUAGGCUGGAACACGACACGUCGUUCUCAUCUGGUUCUGCACAAUCGCCUUCGUUGACCAGCUUGACGACAGCGUCAUCGAGCAUGAGCUUGGACACCCUCGAAGAUGACGAGAAGGUGUUUCAGAGCAUCCUUGCCGGGUUUGACGAUGUCCGUCUGGAAGACACAGCACCAUAUCGCAGCCACGACCACGUCGAUCCCCUUCGCCAAAUCAAGGCCGAGCUCGAUGAAGAGAUCCGAAGCUGGUCUUCGAUGAGUCUCGAAUCGCACGACGAAGGUCCGGACGGUGGCGAUUAUUACGGUCAGGCGAUGCAUGGACUCGGCUUUGACAUGCAUGACGAUCGCUCCACUACGCCGAUCAACCGAGUCCAGCCGUUGCGCAGCAAGACCGAGGUACCUACGAUGAUUCACAAACCAGCCACUCCCGAGGAUGAGACGACACCCCGACCCGAUCGGUACUCCUCGGGUUUCCCAGAUACGGGGAAACUCUGGCAAGAUAAGCGCAUAUCCGAGGCUUCCGUUGGGUCGAGUGACAUGUCAUCCUUUGACUCGAGCGACAGCAUGACGGAUACCGACCUGGACUCGCUUAUGAGCGAUAUCGACGACCUGCACAGCGCGAGCAUCACCGUCGUCGCUAGCAAGACGAGCGCCCAGUAUGCCAGUCCUCGACAGGUCGAGUUCAGGGAUCAGUUCCGUCACGAGCAGGUCCCCGAGGAAGGGGUCAAGGAGGAAGACGAUUCGGCGGCGAGGUGGGAGAAUGCUGAUGAAGACGAUGAGAUGGAGAUUGGAUGGGCGAUGUGAGACUGCUUGUGAGCUUGUGAUCACGUUACCCCAGAUGGACAUUCUUCGAUUAUUGUAACCGGACCGCAUCAGCGCCGGUCCCAUUAUUUCUUUUGUUCUCGCUAUCUCUGUUCUUGUCUGUAGCCUUCGCCCUUUGUCAGAGACUGGUAAUGACCGCCCCACAAUUAUAAUGAUCUCCAUGUGUAC